GGGCUCGGCGGGGCCGCGUCGGGUUAUGGCGGUGCUGGUGCUGGUCCGCUCUCCGCUGCCGCGGCUUCGCGCUCUGCUCCAGCGCUGCUGGGGGCGGCUGGAGCGCGGCCUCUGGCCGGGUGUUUUCGGGGGCCAGAGCCCGCCCUGGGGACCAGCACUAGCUGUGCAAGGCCCGGCCCUUGUUCCACAAGGGGUGAGUGAUGCCGAGGCGCCGAGCCUGCUGGAGAGCGUGCUGUGGAUGGCGGCGCCCAAGCAGAGGCGCACCAUCGAGGUGAACCGCUGCCGCCGGAGGAAUCCCAACAAGCUCAUAGAGAUAAAGAGGAACAUAGAUGUUUGUCCCGAAUGUGGAAACUUGAAGCAGAAGCAUGUCCUUUGUGGCUAUUGUUACGCAAAGGUCAAAGAAGAAACUCGGCUGAUACGGAUGGAAAUAUACAAGAAGGAAGGAGGACCAUUUAAUACUCCAACUGUAGAGACUGUUGUCCUUUAUGAAGGAGAAAAGCCCACAGAAAAAGACGAAGGCAAGCGGAUCAUUGAAAGAGCCAGGAAGCGUCCAUCUUGGUUUGUUCAAAAUUGAUGCUGUAGAAUUAAUGGUAGCAAAAAGUUGCUGCAGGAAGAGAAUUCAUGAUUUUCAAGAAUGUUUUUCUCAUUCCCUCAGUGUGAACAGAACUUCUCUGAACUUUUGGGAAGCUUGAAUUUUGCGUUGUGCCAUAUGAUUUUACAGUCAGAUGUUGUUUUUCUAGCAUGCAGUGGGAAAUGCUACUCAGUGAUACAUCACAGCAGUCAACAGAGAGAAAUCAGGAUCUGCCUUGGAUUUGGCUAUCUGCCUACUGUACCCUGAAUAAUUUGUAUGCUAAUGUUCUGUGCUGGUUUUGUAAAUAACAUGUUUUAAAUUCAUGGAUGUACAGUAAAGUUAAACUAUUUGUUAAGUGGCCCAGGGAAAUUUGCUUUCUGAUUUUGGCUGCUGCUCUUUUGGAGGGCAAAAAAAUGUGAUAAUGAUUAAAAACUGGUUAUUUG